AUGAAUCCAAACCAGCUGGCGGUGGUCUCCGCGCUGGUGGGCGCUGGCGGGAACAUGGGGGCCGUGCUCGCGGGGUUUUGCUUCUACCGGCCCAUCGAGGAUCCACUGCUGCCCUUCCAAGUUCACGCGGCCUAUGUGAUGUUGUGGGCCUUGCUGACCCCGGUCUACUAUUGGCGCGAGCAUGGCAGCAUGUUCCUUGCCCCUGCGGUGUCUGCGACGAAUGUGUUGGAGUCCCCGCAGAAGUCGGGAGAAGUCUCCGAACCCGGAGACAUUUCUAUUUAA